AUGCUUCUUUGCGCCUGGGCAUCUGCACAUCUAGAGAAAGAACCUCAAGUUCGAACGGUUCUCUUCGCGACUGGGACUCUGUUCUCAUACUUGUUUAGUGCAUUCCUACCCAUUGCCGCAUAUCCCGCUGCGCAGGCACCCCAUUGGCAUAUUGGCGCAAAGCUCUAUCUUGGUCUAUCCGUCUUCGCUUCCGUGCUUUUUGUUAGUAUCUUCUUUAUCCUCAAAUGGCAAGCGAAGCGCGACAAGAGAAAGGAGAGGGCUGAGCACGAUGAUUCGUCCGACCUUUGA